GGGGGUCCCGGCGGCCAGCCCGGGCCGCAUCGGUUGUCAUAGGGACGGCGGCGUAGGCAGGCGCUGACGUCAGCGGACGGCGCGCGGCCCGCACUGCGGCACCUGGCGGGUGCUCAGAGCCCGGGCAGCUGGCGGCUGGGGUGGCUGUGCGGCCGCCUCACUCCCGGCCCGCCCCGCGCGGUCCCGGCGUCGCCUCCCGCGGGACCCGCUGUCGGCAGCUCUGCGCCCUCUUCUCCGGUGUCAACCUGGUGCUGAAUCUUGAACCUGUGAAAUGCCUUCUUAAUUACAUCUGAGAAAAGGAUCCUGAUUUAAUCACUGCUUUACACCAUAACUCAAUGCUCUCCAUUAAGCUGAGAUAUGCCCACUGUUGAGAGUGAAGCUAAAGUCAAGACCAAAGUUCGCUUCGAGGAACUGCUUAAAGCCCACAAUGAUCUAAUAUGUGAAAGAAAAAAACUGAAGAAAAAAAUUGGCAAAUCUGGAGAAAAAAUCUCACUUGACGCUGUUAGAAGCAAUCUUCAUAAAAUCAGGGAAGCUAAAAGUGAUGAUAUAAGUGCUGCUAACACUAAGAACCCAGAGAAGAACAUGCGAGUCACUAAAAACAAACCAAGGGAUCUGCAGUCAGCAACUGAAGAUCCAGAUAAUGAUGUUAGUGUGGAGGACGACAAGCAAGAAAAGGCAAACAAGAAGGUUAUAAGAACAGUGCUCCAGGUGACUGCACAAGAAACGCCCAAGAAUGGGGAUGCAACACCUCAGAAAGCACGGACCAAGCCACAGCCAGGUGUCCCUUGUGAAAAAAGUGAAAAGGCCAAGGGAGGAGAAAAUAGUUUAGAUGAGGAGGAACUGUUGCAAGUAUACCAGCUGCAGGUAGCUGAAGAAAUGGCAAAGGAGAUUAAGAAGAAAAUCCGAAAGAAACUCAAGGAGCAGUUGACUUACUUUCCCUCAGAUACUUCAUUGCAUGCUGACAAAUUGAGCAGUGAAAAAAGAAGAAAGAAAAAAAAGAAAGCCCCAAUCCUGUCUAAGUCUGAAACAAGUACAUUGAUCAUCUCUGAUGACCCAGUUGAAGGAGAACAAAAGGAAUCUCCAGUUGCAGAAGUUACUUCAGAUUCUCAUCAAGAUGAUGAAAUAAGCUCGAAGGAACAAAAUGUAGAAGACAACGUGCAAGAUGACACAAAAUCCAAAUCGAAAAAAAAGAAAAAGAAGGCUAAAACAGCCCCGCGUGAACGCCAAAAUCUCUGCUGGUUUCUCUGUCCCCCAGUAGGGGCCUUCUGCCAGGGGCCACGCCUGGAUUCUCAACCUCUAGAUGCGCCCAGAAUUGUUUCAGAUGAUAAUGAAGACACUGAUGGUGAUGGUGUUCAUGAAAUAACAAGCCGAGAUAGUCCAGUUUAUCCCAAGUGUUUGCUUGAUGAUGACCUUGUCCUGGGAGUUUACAUUCACCGAACUGAUCGACUUAAGUCAGAUUUUAUGAUUUCUCACCCGAUGGUAAAAAUUCAUGUGGUUGACGAGAAUACUGGUCAAUAUGUCAAGAAAGGUGAUAGUGAACGGCCUGUUGCAUCUUACUAUGAAAAAGAGAAUGUGGAUUAUAUUCUUCCUAUUAUGACCCAACCAUAUGACUUUAAACAGUUAAAAUCAAGACUUCCAGAGUGGGAAGAACAAAUUAUAUUUAAUGAAAACUUUCCCUAUUUGCUUCGAGAUUUUGAUGAGAGCCCUAAAGUCAUCCUGUUCUUUGAGGUUCUUGAUUUCUUAAGCAUGGAAGAAAUUAGGAAUAACUCUGAAAUUCGAAACCAAGAAGGUGGCUUCCGGAAAAUUGCCUGGGCAUUUCUCAAGCUUCUAGGAGCCAAUGGAAAUGUAAACAUCAAUUCAAAACUUCGCUUGCAGCUGUAUUACCCACCUACUAAGCCUCGAUCCCAGUCAAAUGUUGUUGAGGUUUUUGAGUGGUGGUCAAAGUGUCCAAGAAGUCGUUAUCCUUCAACAUUGUAUGUAACUGUAAGAGGAUUGAAAGUUCCAGAAUGUAUAAAGCCAUCUUACCGUUCUAUGAUGGCUCUUCAGGAAGAAAAGGGUAAACUAGUGUAUUGUGAACGGCACCAUGAGCCAAAUUCAGUGGACACAGAACCUGGACUAGAAGAUUCAAAAGAAGUGGUGAAGUGGAAACGACUGCCUGGGCAGGCUUGCCGUAUCCCAAACAAGCACCUCUUCUCACUAAAUGCAGGAGAGCGAGGAUGUUUUUGUCUUGCGUUCUCCCACAAUGGAAGAAUAUUAGCAGCAGCCUGUGCCAGCCGGGAUGGAUAUCCAAUUAUUUUAUAUGAAAUACCUUCUGGACGUUUCAUGAGAGAAUUGUGUGGCCACCUCAAUAUCAUUUAUGAUCUUUGCUGGUCAAAAGAUGAUCACUAUAUCCUUACUGCAUCAUCUGAUGGCACUGCCAGGAUAUGGAAAAAUGAAAUAAACAAUACAAAUACUUUCAGAGUUUUACCUCAUCCUUCUUUUGUCUAUACGGCUAAAUUCCACCCAGCUGUAAAAGAGCUGGUGGUUACAGGAUGCUAUGAUUCUGUGAUACGUAUAUGGAAAGUUGAUAUGAGAGAGGACCCUGCCAUAUUGAUCCGACAGUUUGACACUCACAAGAGUUUCAUCAACUCUCUCUGUUUUGAUAUUGAAGGUCAUCACAUGUAUUCAGGAGACUGCACAGGAGUGAUCGUUGUUUGGAAUACGUAUGUCAAAGUUGAUGAUGUGCAACACUCAGUGCGCCACUGGAGUGUAAAUAAGGAAAUUAAAGAGAGUGAGUUUAAGGGGAUUCCAAUAAGUUACUUGGAGGUUCAUCCCAAUGGAAAACGUUUGUUAAUUCACACCAAAGAUAGCACUUUGAGGAUUAUGGAUCUCCGAAUAUUAGCAGCAAGGAAAUUUGUAGGCGCAGUGAAUUAUCGAGAGAAGAUUCAUAGUACUUUGACACCAUGUGGGACUUUUCUCUUUGCUGGAAGUGAGGAUGGUAUAGUAUAUGUUUGGAACCCAGAAACAGGAGAGCAAGUGGCGAUGUACUCCGACCUGCCGUUCAGAUCACCCAUCCGAGGUAUUGCUUAUCAUCCACUUGAAAAUAUGGCUGCAUUUGGUGCAUUUGGGCAGAAUGAGCCAAUUCUUCUAUAUGUCUAUGAUUUUCAUGUUGCCCAGCACGAGGCUGAAAUGUUCAAACGCUACAACGGAACAUUUCCAUUACCUGGAAUACACCAAAGUCAAGACGCUUUAUGCACCUGCCCUAAGCUGCCUCAUCAAGGCUCUUUUCAGAUUGAUGACUAUGUCCCCACUGAAAAUUCUUCAAUGAAGAUGCAGCAAGUGAAACAGAGAAUUGAUUCUGUCACCGAGGUGAUACGAGCCUGUGCUGCAAAGGUCAACAAAAAUCUUUCUUUUACUUCAACAUCAGCCUCCUCACAACAGUCUAAGUCAAAACAAUCAAACGUGCCGGACGCUCAUCAGAUUCUGCGUCAGUUUGGUUUCACUCAAACCGGGAUUAUCAGCAUAGAAAGAAAGCCUUGUAACCACCAUGUAGAUACAGCACCAACGGCAGUGGCUCUUUAUGACUACACAGCGAAUCGAUCAGAUGAACUAACCAUCCAUCGCGGAGACAUUAUCCGAGUGUUUUUCAAAGAUAAUGAAGACUGGUGGUACGGCAGCAUAGGAAAGGGACAGGAAGGUUAUUUUCCAGCUAAUCAUGUGGCUAGUGAAACACUCUAUCGAGAACUGCCUCCAGAGGUAAAGGAGCGAUCCCCUCCUUUAACCCCUAAGGAAAAAGCCAACAUGGAAAAGGCUUUUUCAGCUCCGCAAAGGCAAUCAUUCAAGUCCCAGGAUUUCAGACUGGGCUCAGAGUCUAUGACACACUCUGAGGUGAGCAGAGAACAGAGCCAUGAGGACCAAGGACACAUCAUGGAUACGCAGGGGGAGAAGAAUGAGCAAACUGACCGAAAAGUCACCCUCAUAGAGUAAAGAGCUGAAGAAGAACAAAGAGGCAAAGAACCAAAUAUACAGAAAUGAAGUGACAAAUUAAACCAAAUGGAAUUUCUCUUCAGAAUUCAGAAAUUUCAGAUGGCCAGGAAGAAAGGAAGGAUCCACUACUUCUUACCCUUAUGAAAGAAUCUAAAAAAAUCAGAAUUGAGGUAUGGGUGGAAAAAUAAAUGUGACCUUUUGAGCCUAAUUAUUAUAAGCCAUUGUGUUUGUUGUUGAUCAAAGUAUUGGUACUUAUAUUUAUUAGUAAUUGCAUCAAAAUUACAUUACCAUUGGUAGAAAAAAUCAAUAGAGAAAAAUCAUAAUUGCUACUCAGCAAAUAUGAAGAAAAAGUGUUUGCAUUGUUAGGAUGUUUGUUAAGUAAUCAUUUAAUAUUAUUGUGUCUGUAGUGUGGUUAUAUGUGUGAUGUUAUGCUCAGAACAUGAAAUUUCUGCUAUCGAAAUUUAACUUCAUUUGAAAUAAAGAUAAGCAGCAUCAGGAUUUUGUGUACUCAAAAUAGUCCAAGUAAGAAAGGCAUUAAAAGGUAACAAAUGUGUUUGUUUUGAAUGAAUCAUAUGUGUAACUUGGUACACAUAAACUAAAAGUGGCUUUUGGCUAGAUUGCAAGUGUUCCAAUUUUUUUUUUUUACUUCUAAAAAAAAGCAUUUCAUAUUGAAGCAUGGAAGUGAUUUGUAGACUUACUUGUUUGAUAUUUAUUUUAGUCUUAAUACUUGUUUUUAAAUUUUUACAUUACAUCAUUUCUUUAGUUUCAGAGUAAUGGUGUCAUUACUAUGUGACUAUAUAAUCUGAAGGGAGAUGUUAUAAAAUGGGAAAGUUCGUCUCUUUUUUACUUGACUCUUCUUUGUUCAACUGUGUGAUUAUGUCUGUCAGUAAAGUAUUUUAACCUCAAGAAGGUCAAAACUAAUAUAAAAUUAGAAAACUUAUUUACCAGAUUAGACAAUUGAUUCCAUUAAAAUAAGAAGUGAGAAAAACAGUGCUGGGCAUCGAGGUGUAAAUUUUGUGCAGAUGUAUACCCAGUGUGAAAAAUCUUCUAGUAGAAAUGUAUCUGACUCUCAUCCCUGCACAUGUUGUAGAGGCAUGAAAACUGGUAAACACGCCCCUGCUGUGGAGGACCUGGGGGGAGGGGGGCAGUUUUGAACGUGCUGAGUGGCACUGAUGACUGCUGAGGCCCUCAGCCAUCAGCACAGAAGUGCACUCUGUUAGCACCAAGCGCCCCUGCUCUGGAUGCACACGUCUGUGCUGCAGGUACAGCUGGACCCAGCCAGCUUGAGUCACCCUCGUACAAGCUUGUUUUUUCUGUCUUGUGAAUGCACUUGAUAAUUAAAAAAUAAAAAUAUGUGGCUCUCUGCAGUUUCACCUCAUAGUUUUGAGAUGUGUGUUGAUUCUCAGAUUUUGGUUUAAUUACAAAGAAUUUGAACAAGUUGCAAAAAGAUUUUAAGUCAAGAUGAUAAAAUAGUGUCAGAGGAGCUAAACAUUUGCUGAAAUCCCAAUGUUCAUAUGAAAAAUAAAGGCUUAUUUUUAUAUUGCAGCUACUGAAGACAAAAGAAAC